GAGAGUAGAGGAGAGAGUAGAAUCUGGUGGACCGGUGGACCAUUGUGAUCACAUAUUAUUAAAUAAUAAGUUAAAUAUAGGAUUUAGUUUAUAAAUAUCAAAUAAAAAUUAAGUGCACUAUUUCAAAUUUCUACCAUAUAGCCGUAUAUAAGCGUCCAAGAUUUGUAAACCUACAUUUUUAAACUUACAAAGAUGUCCCUCAGCAAAUCCAAAAGGCUCCUCUUAGGUUUAACAGCAGUGUCAAGUGUUGCAACAUAUUAUUAUAUGAAUAAUAACCAUAAAGUUUUUAAUUCUUGGACAACAAAUUAUACCCCUUCAUCUUUUGCUAAAUGGGAUGAAAACUGGGAUCACCGUUCUCCUAAAUUCACAAGAAACCCCAAAGCUCAUAAUCUUUCAGAAUCACAACAAAAUGAGAUUAAUGAAGAAAAAGAGCUGAAACCCAAAGCAUAUAGACAUAUUAUCCUAAUUAGACAUGGACAGUACAAUUUGAAUGGUGCUACUGAUCAAGAUAGAAUACUUACUAAAUUGGGUUGUUUACAAGCAGAAUAUACAGGCAAGAGGUUGAAAGAGUUAGAUCUUCCCUAUACAGAAAUUGUAAAGUCAACAAUGACUCGAGCACAAGAGACUGGAUCUCUCAUAUCUAAAUAUUUAACAGAGGUUCCUGUAGUAAACUGCGAACUCUUAAGGGAAGGUUCUCCUGUCCCUCCUGAACCACCAGUACGUUCUUGGAAACCAGAAAGUUAUAAGUUCUAUCAAGAUGGUUCAAGAAUCGAAGCCGCAUUCAGGAAAUACUUUCACCGCGCUGAUGUUAAACAAGAACGAGACAGUUAUACAUUGUUAGUAUGCCAUGCCAACGUUAUCCGCUACUUUGUAUGCAGAGCUCUCCAGUUUCCUGCAGAGGCGUGGCUGAGAAUAUCCCUGAACCAUGGUAGUAUAACUUGGAUCACCAUCACACCAAGCGGUAGAUGCAUCCUUAGAAUACUAGGAGACACCGGACACAUGCCUCCCAACUUUAUUACCAGCACAUGAUUAGACUAUUAUCAUUGAUUUGUUAAAACUGUCACAAAGUGAAACAAUGCGUGCUGUGAUUCAGCCAUUCAAAACAUUUGUGUUUCCGAAAGAGUUGUGUUGUGAUCGAACUGAUCUAGAACUUGGUGUAGCUAAGUAAAACCGGUUUUUACUAUAAAAGUAACAAUAUUUUUAAAAACUCAUGUCAGACUGUGCAAACCCCGUUUGCUCCUAGAUUUCUCCGCAGAGAAAUGUCUGUUUUUGUUUACAAAAAAUAAAAGAUUUUUGUAGUUAACUUUUAAUUAUACAGACAUUUUUAGUCGAUUGUUAAAAUUUUUAUAUAAACUUAAUGACAGUAUUAAGAAAUACUGAAUGAACUGAAGUCAUACUCAAAUAUCAGACACAGUGGGUCUUUUAGAGAAUCAGAUUAUUGGAGUCAUCUGCUAUAAUUGGUUUUGUUUUGAAAACUACUUAGUACAAAGCUAUAAAAUACAGAAUUUUUAUAUUUUAUUUCAUCACGUUAUAAAUUUUGCAAAUGGUGUAUAAAUAGUCGAUAAUUUAAAGUCUUAACAGUAGAGAGCUAACUCUGUUUCGACUUUCAUUAAAAAAUAACCAUUCGUAAACUUGUGAUUUUGAUUUUUGACAUCAUUUAGCAACUAUAAAUUAAAUUUCACUAGUCAAUAUAUUAAAUUGACACUACUAAGCAAACAGCAAAGUAAUUCGCGAUGUUUUGUUCCAAACAAAAAGUGUAUUUACAUGUUUGACAUUUUUAGCGAUCACUGGGCCACACACGACUCCCUCAGAGAAUGCAUUUAUGUCAAUACGACAGAAGACCCACAAUGCCGUUGAAUUACUUAAAUCCAAACGGUGAGCUUAGAG